AUGCUUGCCACUCAGUUAGACUGCAUUGCAUGGCUUGUUGUAGACAUCAUUAAAUUGCUAGCCAUCAUUGUCCUUAAUAUCAUCACAGUCACUGUGUUUGUGAAGCAACGUCAGCUACAGCGAAGGAGCACUUACUUAGUCAUCCAUUUGGCGAUUAUUGACCUCUUGGUUGGAGCAGUCUCUAGCCCUGUGAUUUUUAGUCACUUAUUUGAGCAUUACUGUGGCCUUUGGAAAGUUGACAUCAAGAUAUUUCCUGCAUUGGUUGAGUUUUUUCCCACGGCUUCAAUCGUGAACUUGGCUUUCAUUUCUUUAGAGAGGUUGCAUGCGACAUUUUUCCCCUUUAAGCAUCGUGAAACCAAGAAAUCAGUUUACGUGGUAGUAAUAGCCACCAUUUGGUUAUUAACUUCGCUGAGAGAGAUUCUCCAAUAUGUGUUAGACCAAAAAGAUGGGAAUUCUAAUCCCACUAGAUCAUUCACAGUAUUAAGCUUAGUGAUAUAUACGUUAGCAUCUCUAUUUGUCGUAUGUCUCUCUUACAUUGCUAUCUUUAUCAAAGUUCGAUUCUCUCCGAUUGCUCAACACCAUGGUGCAAAUAACAGAGAACGCAGACUCACCGUCACUUUACUUAUGGUGACGCUCGCAUCGCUUCUGACUUGGCUGCCGGCUAUCAUUUUCAAACUUGUUAGAGUUUGGGAUAACAGUGCCAUCCCUUCACGAUCGCUCUUUUUUAUUGAUAAGACACUGGCGUUUUUAGUUGGCGUCAAUUCCAUGGUAAACCCAAUUGUGUAUGCUGUAAGAAUGCCAGAAUUUAGGGCGAGUUUUAGAAAAAUUUUUUGCAAGGCUCCGAGUCAUACUCCUCAAGCUAAUUUCCCACUUCGAAACCCAUAG